AACUUCAUUCCUGCCAUACUGGAUUGUGGGAAGGGAAGAAAAACAGGUACACACUUACAUACAGUAGCUAUUUUAAGUGCCAGUAGGCAUCGAGUUUGAUGUCCUUUAAAUCAGGAAACAUUAGGCAAGAAAAUAGAAACACAGCAAGCUUGACCUGUACGUUCACCCUACAGAAUAUCCAAAUGAAAAAGGAUUGUAAAAUCUAAAUAGCUCUGCAGAUGUGAUGGAAACACAGCACAUCCUGGUCUGGCGUAUUUGUCUGAACCUGGCCCUCUUGCCCCACCUGCACCAAUGCCUGUCAGUGCAAUUCCAGAAAAAGGGUCUCCUUUAUGUGGCUCUGGGGAGAGACCUGGUCCUGCGGACCCAGUUCCAGAUUACACCAACAGAGAAGAUCAUCAUGGUGAUUUGGGACCGCCAGACUGAGAAUGGUCAGGGACAGGUCAGGCUGGCCGAUCACCAAGAUGCACCUGGCAAUCCUCUAGACCAGAAGGGGGCCUUAUUUAGGGUGGAGAAUAUAAGAUCAUCUAACUAUGGAGUCUACACCGUCACUGUGACUGACCAGACGGGGAACGAGCAAUCAGCAAAUAUAGUUGUUCGAGAGAUUGUUGCUGCUCCAGUGGCGUCUUUGUCGCUCCAGUGUGAGGUGGCCAAUGACAGGGCACAGUGGGACAGCCCAGUGUUUUCCUGGUUGGUGGAUGGGGUAGAGCUGUCCAAUCAGACAGCCAAUAUCUCUGCAGAUGGCAAGAGACUCGACUUGUCCGGAAUGAAGGGCCACAACUACACCUGUGUUGUCAAUAGCAGUCUGGGGACGAGUGUCACACACUACGUCACUGAUUGUCCAACACCAUCCCAAAGUAACCAAUCCUGUAAGACUCUAUGUGGUGUACUAUUGGGCAUCGUCAUAGUGCUUCUAAUCACAUGUGGAACUCUCUACUGGAAAUGCGUACAGCGGAGGACGAAUGGGAAUACAUGACCUUUAGGAGGUCCAUCGCGUUCCGUUAUCAGUCUCAUCUAUGACACUGUUACACACUACACAAGACUUUGGCACAUAUGGACACAGUGAUAUGAGACGGUAAUAUUCUGUUGCAACAAGUCACAAUACCAGACCAAAUAUCAUUCCAAUCAAGAGCUGUGGCCCUAUUCCCCAUCAAUACAAUAUAUUGACAUGCCUAUUUAUCAAAUUAAGUUGGUCACAUACACAUAUUUAGCAGAUGUUAUUGCAGGUAUAGCGAAAUGCUUGUUAUUGGUGUAUUUGUGGUAUUUAUUGUUGCGAAGUCCACACAUAUAUUUUCACUAAUUAUGUCUAUCUUUAAAAAAAAAGUACUGUAUGCCAUCACAUUUACAUUGUGCACAUGUACAAAUAUGUUCAAAUGAACCUAAACCUACUUUUGUGAUGCCUAUGUAUGAUAUAAAGCAAAUGGGAUUUUUUUUUUUACAUUAUUGUGACUGUGCAUGUGUGCAUUUAACCCAUUUCAUAACCUGUAAGGAAAUCUUUGUAAGCAUCCACUUUGCUACACUUCCAUAGGAGACAGUGAAGAGACAUGGAAACACAGCAGUCUGGAUGAGUGAGGAAAAGCACAGCACCACCUAUUUAAUAGCGCCAUCCACUGGCUGGUUUUAGAAAUUCCUCUAUUCAUAAUAUCACUUCAAAUUGGAACUGGUUUGAGAAGGGGGGGAUUUUUUUUAUUUUUAAUCCAGUUGUAUAAAUAAAAUCCAAACAUCCUACCUGACCAUUUGGAGGCGUCUGCAUGGUCCUAAAGAACACUGUUGCCUCGUUUUGUAUGACAUUCUAAUGAUAAAACUGAGGAGGGGGGGACAAAAAAGCUAAUUCAGAAUGUGGGGGACAAUUUCGCUCCUCUGCAUUUGUUCUCUAUUGUUUCUGCAAGCAUGGGGGGAGACCUAUGACAUUAGAGGGCACUAUCAGACCAACUCCUUGAAUGGCCUACUCCAAGCACGUACCACCACAUUUAACCUUGGCAAGGUGACGGGGAAUAUGGUAGAAUUCAAAUAGAGUAGUAGUUCCCUUUAAUUCCUGUAACAACAAGGCAAUCAAACAUGCAAAUCGUCAAUAUCUAGACAAAGUUGAGUCGCAAUUCAACAGCUCAGACAUGACACGUGGCAGGGUUUUUCAGACAAUCACGGACGACAAAAGGAAAACCAGCCACGUCGCCGAGACCGCCAUCUUGCUGCCAGACAAGCUAAACACACUCUUUGCCCACUUUGAGGACAACACAGUGCCACUGAGUUGGCACGUGAGUAAGACAUUUAAACGUGUUAAUCCUCGCAAGGCUGCCAGCCCCAGACGGCAUCCCUAGCUGCGUCCUCAGAGCAUGCGCAGACCAGCUGGCUGCAAUUGCCGUCACACUACCCUAUCCCAUCUGGACAAGAGGAAUACCUAUGUAAGAAUGCUGUUCAUUAACUAUAGCUCAGCAUUCAACACCAUAGUACCUCCAAGAUCAUCAUUAAGCUUGAGCCCAUGGGUCUCAACCCCACUCUGUGCAAUUGGGUCCUGGACUUCCUGACGGGCUGCCCCCAGGUGGUGAAGGUAGGAAACAACAUCUCCACUUCGCUGAUCGUCCACACUACGGCCUCACAAGGGUGUGUGCUCAGCCUCCUUCCUGUACUCACUUUUCACACAUGACUGUGUGGCCAUGCAUGCCUCCGACUCAAUCAUCAAGUUUGCAGAUGACACAACAGUAGUAGACUUGAUUACCAAUGUUAUGUUCUGUUAAUUACUGAUGUCCCCUUUAAGGAUGGAGUACUCUUGGUCAUGCACAGUGUUGUUCUAUGUUAUUCUGGUACUAACUCGUUUGAGUAAAUGUGAAGCUCCAGUUCAA